UCUCCUCCGCCCUGGACCUCUGAGGGUUAAAAAGAAAGACCCACGCCCCCUCUGACUGCAGAGCCCACCUCGCUGAAUUUGAAAAGGCGGCCCUGAAGAGGCGUGGGCGCCCCCCAGACGAUUUCCACCUCAGACCCUGACUUCACACCAUCACCGGCUAGCUCCCUGUGCUCCAGCCGGGGCCGCAGGAUAGGUCCAGCCAUCUGGGGGCACUCCUGAUUGUCCCCAGCUCCCGGCACUCCGGGUCCUCGCGGGCGAGCCGGGCAAAAUGAAGCUCGUUUUGCUGCUACCAUGGGCGUGCUGCUGCUUGUGCGGGUCGUCGCUGGCCACCGGCUUCCUCUACCCUUUUCCGGCAGCAGCCUUGCAGCAGCACGGCUACCCGGAGCAGGGCGCCGGCUCUCCUGGCAACGGCUACUCGAGUCGCCGGCACUGGUGCCAUCACACGGUGACAAGGACAGUGUCCUGCCAGGUGCAGAAUGGCUCGGAGACGGUGGUCCAGCGAGUCUACCAGAGCUGCCGGUGGCCGGGGCCCUGCGCCAACCUUGUGAGUUACAGGACUCUCAUCAGACCGACCUACCGGGUGUCCUACCGCACGGUGACUGCGCUGGAGUGGAGGUGUUGCCCGGGAUUUACCGGCAGCAACUGUGAAGAGGAAUGUAUGAAUUGUACCCGGCUUAGCGACAUGAGUGAGCGUCUGACCACGCUGGAGGCCAAGGUCCUCUUGCUAGAAGCAGCUGAGCAGCCCUCGGGCCCAGAGAAUGACCUGCCACCCCCACAGAGCACCCCUCCAACCUGGAAUGAGGACUUCCUGCCAGAUGCCAUCCCCAUUGCUCAUCCAGGGCCCCGAAGGAGAAGGCCCACAGGCCCAGCUGGGCCUCCAGGACAGAUGGGACCACCAGGGCCUGCAGGGCCUCCAGGUUCCAAAGGCGACCGGGGCCAGACAGGAGAAAAGGGCCCAGUGGGACCUCCAGGUCUUUUGGGGCCACCGGGACCACGUGGACUUCCUGGAGAAAUGGGACGCCCUGGUCCCCCAGGCCCUCCUGGGCCAGCAGGCAGUCCCAGCCUCUUGCCAAACAGUGCCCAGGGCGUCCUCUAUUCCCUACAGCCGCCCACAGACAAGGAGAGUGGAGACACCCAGCUGAACCCUGCUGUGGUUGACACAGUGCUAACUGGUGUCCCAGGUCCCCGGGGUCCCCCUGGUCCCCCUGGUCCCCCAGGACCUCCAGGAGCACCUGGAUCCCAGGGUGAGCCUGCUGUGAAGGGAGAGGACCAGGACAAAGCCACCACUGCGGAGGGUGAGGGUGUGCAGCAGCUUCGGGAGGCCCUGAAGAUCCUGGCAGAGAGGGUCCUCAUCCUGGAACACAUGAUUGGGGUCCACGAUCCCCUGGCCUCCCCUGAAGGAGGCUCUGGGCAGGACGCGGCCCUGAGAGCCAGUCUGAAGAUGAAGCGUGGAGGCCCUCAGCCUGACGGCAUCCUGGCUGCCCUGCUGGGCCCCGACCCUGCACACAAGAGCCCAGCCCAGGCUGGCGACGGGAAGUAGGAGUCCCUCUGCCCAGAACAAGCCCAGCCCUGGGGCUCAACAGCGGCUGCAUCCUGAAGACGCCCCAUGUGGGGCUGGGCAUCGGGCGGGGACGGUUGUGAAAGACAGUGGGAGCCUGGGGUCCUUGGGGACAGAUGGUGCCCCUUGCCCAGAGCACCCUGAUGGAACCUUCCUUUGGCUCUGUCCCCACGCCCACUCCCGGCUGGAGACAGGGUCUGGGUGGGCUGGGCCAGCUAGGGUGGUUUCCUGUAUCGUCUCAUUUAACCCUUAAGAGUUAGGUCUGUGAUCCCCGUUCAUCCCGGGGACAGCGUGUCGGGGAGGACGGGUGUGGUAUUUGAACCCAGGCCUCGCUGCUGCUGAAGCCAUGACUCACCAGCCUUGCCGUUUCCUCCCCUCUCCAUGAGGUGUGUGGAUCAGAGGCAGCCAGGCCGCUGGAAGGCAGGGCCGCCUGAGAAGACACAGGAACACUACAGGACUUUGAACAUGCCCCUCUUCCUCUGGUCUCUUCCUAGGGCUGGGGGCAGGGGGAGCUUCCACAUGGGACUUGGGGACCAUGAGGUAGGGUCUUUGGGGAUGAGAGAAGGAAGGCUUUGAAUCUGAUUGGCAGUGCUCCCUCCUGUCUCCCAGCCUUGCGGAGCCCACUGGCCCUCAUCCGUGCUCCGCCCUGGAGAAGAAGGGAGCAUUUAAUGGGACUGUCCUUCCAGGGUAGGACCUACAGCUUCCUCGUGGAAAUCUCUAGAGCCUUCAGCUUUGGUGGGACAACCAAGUCCAUGUCCCCUUGACAGAAUCAAACUUGCUGGAGGCCAUGCCCCCCACGCCAUGGGGCUGGGGUCCGCAGCAGAGCCCAUCCACAGUUCUGAAGGCCUCUCUGGCUGGUGCUUAGCCUCUUAUGACCCGCCUACCCCGCUGAUCCUCCCAGCAGGCCACAACCCUUACUCAGACAGCAGAAAGGCCUGGUACCACCCUCGGGUACAUCUCCCUGCCUGGCACAGUGACCAUCCCCAAAGCUCUCGGUGCUUAUACAAGGCUGUGGCCUUGACCCCUGGGCCCUGUUGACUGUUCCUGGCUGUCUCUACCAAGAGGUGAUCUGAGACCUGUGACGCUAUUUCAAAUAAAGGUGCUCUCCCGCUGUGGUC